AUGAAUCCGAAGGAAAUCCAAGAAUUUGUUGAAGUAAUCGACGCUGCUGGCCUCCAGAACGGUCUCAAAGACAACGGCCUCGUUGUCUUCAUCCGGACUUCGCCGCCUUGCUACUACUGCCAGCAAGCUCUCCGCUUCCUGCGAGAAAAUCCAGAUCUCAAUGGUAAAUCAAUCGACCUUAGUGAAACCGGCGAGCAGCAUGCUAUUAUCAGCUACCUUGGCGGCCUCCCAGGUUCUUCAGCCACAUUCCCUCGGGUUUUUGCUAACAAGAAGUUGAUUGGUGGCUAUUCCGAUUUGGAGGGCUUGGGUGCAUCUGGUGUAAAGGCCAUUAUCCAGAAGGUGUAA